AUGAGGUUUGCAAAGCUAGUUUCUGUCGCUCUCCUCCUCGGAGCAGUCGACGCCCGUCUCUUCCGCGAGAACAAGCCCGUCUACGAGGACUGGAGUCUCGAGGAGACACGCAACUUCCUGCUCGCACAGGGCAUCAAGGUCAAGGACUCUGACACCGUCCAGGACCUCCACAAGCAGGCUGCCCAGCACGCGGACGCUGCCACGAACUGGGCCGCAACGCAGGCUUCGUAUGCCAGCAUCUACGCGACCGACGCUGGGGCUGCGGCGGCCGCUAAGGCCAGCGCGGCUGUCAAGGACGUCAAUGCCCAGGUCGUUGACGCCUGGGAUGAGUCUCAACUCCGCGAGUGGUUGCUCGAGCAGGGCAUCAUCUCGCCCGCCAGCAAGCCUGAGCAGCUCCGCAUCCUUGCCAAGAACAAGGUUUCGCGUCUCUCGUCUGCCAUGUUCGGUGGCCCUACCGACACCCUUAAGGCCUCGGGUUCGAGCGCCGCUUCUGAGGCGUCUAAGACCGCCGCCAGCGCUGCCUCUGAGGCAUCCAAGUCGGCGUCGAGCGCUGCUGCAUGGGGUCAGAAGUCGGCUGAGAGCGUUGCGUCUUGGGGCACCAAGUCGGUGAACAGCUUGGCGUCCGAGGGCGCUUCCCACGCCUCGACUGCUGCCGUCUCGGCCUACAACUGGGCGAGCGGCAAGCUUGACGACACCAAGGAUUAUGUGUUCAGCAAGUGGGACAACUCGGACCUCGAGGACUGGCUCGAGGUUCACGGCGUCAUCAAGCCCCAGCCGGUCAGCCGCAACGGCCUCCUCGCCGCUGUGCGUGAGGCAUAUGCUAAGACUGUUGGCCCCGUCUACAACUCGUGGGAGACCAGCACCAUCCACCAGUGGCUUGUUGACCACCACGUUGUCGCCCCGCCCCAGACCAAGCGUGACAGGCUCCUUGAGAUGAUGCGCGAGAACUACUUUGACGCCUCGGACAAGGUCUACACCACUUGGGACGACAGCAAGCUCCGCAACUGGCUCGUCAGCGAGGGUGUCCUCCAGACCUCGUCGCCCGAGCUCAAGCACGACAAGUACCUCAAGCUCAUGGACGAGCACUACGACAACUCGAAGAACGUCAUCUGGAGCGCCUGGUCUGACUCGGACAUGCGCAGCUGGCUCGUCAACCGCGGCAUCAUCCGCUCGGACGCCGACAAGAAGCGCGACGAGCUCGUCAAGUUCAUGGAGAAGGAGUACAAGGGCAACACCCGCGCUCCCUACCUCGCCUGGCCUGAUGCGCGUAUUCGCGCCCAGCUCCGCUCGUACGGUGUCGACGACAAGAAGAUCACCGGCCGCACCAGCUUGCUCCAGGAGAUGCGUGUGCACUACGUCGAGAGCGAGAACGCUAUCACCAAGCUCGUCAACAUGGUCAAGGCCUACAUCCAGGAGGCUAUGGACCUCGUUACGUCGACCAUCGGUGGUCUCCUCGGCGCUGCUGAGUUCGGUGCCAAGACCACCGAGGACACCUUCAAGCGCGGCAUGUCGUCGGCGGCUUCUGUCCUCGACCGUGCCGUUUCGUCUGCUUCGUCCAUGAGCAACGUCCAGUCUCGCAGCGUUGAGAGCGCCCUCUCGUCUGCCUCCCUCGCGGCCUCCAAGUCGGUCGAGAGCGUGCGCUCGCAGGCGCAGGCCUCGGCGAACUCGGUCUCGAGCCAGCUCGCGCGCUCGUACUCGUCCGCGUCGGCUUCCGCCGAGCGCAACGCCGACCCGUCCGCCAAGUCGUCGGCUUCGAGCCUCUCGAAGAGACUCAGCUCCGAGUACUCUGUCGCGUCGGCGUCCGCGCGCGCCUCGGAGAUCUCGGCCUCGAGCUCCGCCGCCCACCUCUACACCAGCCAGUCCAAGAGCGCGCAGACCGCCCUCUCGUCCUACUCGAAGAGCGCGGCCAGCGCCCAGGCCUCGGCCUCCUCCCUCUUCGCCCAGGCGACCAAGAGCCUCUCGAGCGUCUACUCUGUCGCCUCGAAGAGCGCCGCUUCCGCCUCGGCGAGCCUUAAGAAGGAGCUCUGAUUCCCUAG